UGGAUGAAGUUCUGGCCUUUGAGAAACUGGAAGCCUAGCUUGUCCUGUCUUUUGUCUCCCACGAUUUUGUGCAGCUAAAUGACUUUGGCUUUCAAAAUCUUCUUCCCACAAAACCUCCGUGCACUUGGCAGGAAAGAGCUGUGUCUGCUCCGAAAGCAGUAUCACUGGCCUGAAAUAAGACAAUUCAGCCAGUGGUCAGAAACUGCUGUGCUUCGUGGGCACUCCCUUUUCCAGAGAAGAAAGCCUGUUCAGUCAUUCCAAGGAGGCCAUUUGAGACCACUUGCCACCCACCUUGUUUUCUUGCCAGGCUCGCAUGUGGGACUCUGUAGUGGCCCCUGUGAGAUGGCUGAGCAACGGUUCUGUGUGGACUACGCCAAGCGUGGCACCGCUGGCUGCAAAAAAUGCAAGGAAAAGAUUGUCAAGGGCGUGUGUCGAAUUGGCAAAGUGGUACCCAAUCCCUUUUCUGAGUCUGGCGGUGAUAUGAAAGAGUGGUACCACAUUAAAUGCAUGUUUGAGAAAUUGGAACGGGCUCGGGCCACCACAAAAAAAAUCGAGGACCUCACAGAGCUGGAAGGCUGGGAAGAGCUGGAGGACAACGAAAAGGAGCAGAUAACCCAACACAUUGCAG